AUGGCCAUUUUCAACAAUCAUUACACAAAACUCCAAAGGAAGAUUCUGUUCGACGAUAUUUUCAUUGACAGACAAUCUUGUAUCGCAAAAGUCCCAAUUUCUUAUCGCACGAUGAAUAUGCUCAAAACGGGCGACGUCGUUUUCUACCUUGAAAAAUGCGAAAUCAAGCAGGCGACAUACCUUUGUUCAUCCCUCCGAUCCCGACUGAGUCCUAGAGAAAUCGUAUCAGAACUUCUCGGCUCAGAAAGCGAGCUAAGAAUGUACUGCAAACAGUAUGGCAUCUACAAAAGCGGAGAAAGAGCUAAUGGCUUUGCUCUGGCAAUCGAUGUUCAUCGGCAUAUCGUCAAAACGCUCGGAACUCAUGAAUGUUUAUGGAAGCUCUCUCACGACCGGGCGCUAGCGAUCAGAGCAGAAGCAAGAAAAGAAACCCCGAGCACAAGUACCAGCAGCCAGGAAAUCAAGGAAGAGAACCAAGUCGAAGACGAUGGAAUUUCCGACAUUUCCGAAGCCUCGCAAACAGAAUCAGAAAUGAACGAAAGGCCGAAAAAUGUCCCAAUCAGCAUGGGAAUCUUACCGAUCGAGCUAGCUGGUGAAUAUGAGGGGCCAACAGCUGGAUUAGAGUUUACUUCCCGACCAUCGAUUCCACUUGUUCCUGUGCAAAUGUGUCCGGAAUUGCCAAGUACUUCAAAGAGCAUCAGGCCGCCGGAUAGAAGCAAGCAGAGAAACGUACUGUCGUUACAGCAGAAGAUCAAAAUUAUCCACCAACAUGAGAAAGAAGGUCUUUCUUAUCGAAAACUCGCUGCGGAAUAUGGAGUUUCUGCCCCAGCAGUAUUCUAUCUCAUCAAAAACAAGGAGCAAAUCAUGAGCGAUUAUGCAAGAGGAUGUCCCCCUGAUCGGAAAAUUCGGAGACAAGAGCAUUUUGACGCCUUGGAUGACAAAUGCGCAGAGUGGCUACGAGCUCAACCCUUUCCAGAGCAUGUCCCAAAAGUCGCCAUCCAAGAAGUUGCCCGUCAAUUUGCAAAAGAACUUGGCCACAAAAAUUUUAAAGCGUCCUAUGAUUGGCUUUCCAGAUUCAGCGAAAGGAAGAACUUGAAUCUUUCCAGAAGCAGUCUGAGAUGA